UGCUCAUUGCAUGCAAUUUACAGGCCAACGCAGCAUCUGGUAUGGCUGUGCAUGAUGAUUGCAAAUUGAAGUUUUUGGAGCUUAAGGCCAAGAGGACCUACCGCUCAAUUGUUUUCAAGAUUGAGGAGAAGCAAAAGCAAGUUGUGGUGGAAUCUGUUGGUGAACCAACAGAGACCUAUGAGCAGUUCGCCGGAAAACUUCCCGCUGAUGAAUGCCGUUAUGCUGUGUUUGAUUUUGAUUUCCUUACACCAGAAGGUGUCCAGAAGAGCCGCAUAUUCUUCAUUGCAUGGUCUCCUGAUACAUCAAGGGUGAGAAGCAAGAUGAUCUAUGCAAGCUCGAAAGACAGAUUUAAGAGAGAGCUUGAUGGAAUCCAGGUUGAGUUGCAAGCGACUGAUCCGACUGAGAUUGGUCUUGAUGUCAUUAAAAGCCGUGCCAGCUAGAUAAUCAUAGGCUAUUUGGUUGGGAGUGUUCUUCCCUUCAGCCUUUUGUUACUUGCGUGGAAUGUUUAUACAUUGUGGGAUGGCGACUUGGCUAAUGAUGGCAUGAAUUUCCAAGUUUCGCCAUUGUUUCUUAUUCGUUUUGAACAAGUGUCUGUGGUUUCCGGUAUAUCAUAUGAUAUGUUUAUUUGAUAGAACCUAUUUGUUGAGUGGCUGCUUUAGUAGCCGCAUGUCAACAAACUAAUAUGUAGCUGUUUGUGGUGGGUUUAGACGACACCUUACUCUUUUCAAGUGUUGUAUAUGACCCUUGUCAUUUUACUUUGGAGCAGUAUAAAGGAGCUUGCUUUAUGACCUUCCUUCUUGCUGAUUUCUUGGCGUGUUUUGUAUUCACCGAUAUGGAUUUUUGAUCUAUCUAAUGGGCUGUUUCUCA